AUGAUGAAAAGAAAGAGGCUCUGGGGUUAUUCAAUGAUGGAUAGAGAGAUAUUCACUGGCACUUUGCUGCCAUCUGGGAACUUGACACCAAAUUCUAGCAUGACCUUGGAACAAAAAACAACCUUUGCCAUUGUGAUUUUAUUGUUUAUUUUUUUGGGAAUCCUCGUUGUUCUCUGCUUCUGAAUUCUGCUCAACCCCUACCAGAGUGUGCCAACCUCAACCUGGGCUGGUGGACUUGAUGGACUGGAGAAAGGCCUGUUUGACUGUGCUCUUGCUUAG